GGCCGAGGCGCUGCGCGGCGACCCUCGGUACCCUGCGAACAUGGCGCUGCGAGCGGCGCGGAGCGUGCGGGCUGUGGCCUGCAGCCUGCGCUCGGCCUCGGCGCCCACCGCGCGCUGCCCGCCGCGGCCCUGGCGGCUGGGGGCGGGCGCCGUCCGCACGCUGCGCACUGGACCCGCUCUGCUCUCAGUUCGUAAAUUUACAGAGAAACAUGAAUGGGUAACAACAGAAAAUGGUGUUGGAACAGUGGGAAUCAGCAAUUUUGCGCAGGAAGCUUUGGGAGAUGUUGUUUACUGUAGUCUGCCUGAAGUUGGGACAAAAUUAAACAAACAAGAUGAAUUUGGUGCUCUGGAAAGUGUGAAAGCUGCUAGUGAACUCUAUUCUCCUUUAUCAGGAGAAGUAACUGAAAUUAAUGAAGCUCUGGCAGAAAACCCUGGACUUGUUAACAAAUCUUGUUAUGAAGAUGGUUGGCUGAUCAAGAUGACACUGAGUAACCCUUCAGAACUAGAUGAACUAAUGAGUGAAGAAGCAUAUGAGAAAUACAUAAAAUCUAUUGAGGAGUGAAAAUGGAACCCCUAAAUAAACUAGUGUGAAAUAACUUAACCCAGCAUAGUUGUCUUAAAUUAGUGAUGGAUAGACGACUUAAAAUAGCAACUAUUCUCAACACUGCUAAUGAAAGAAAAUACUCCUUAACUUUCUAAUGAUUGUAGAUAAACAAAAUAUGCAUCUUUUUCGUAAUACCCUAUGAUUUUUAUAGACUAGAGGCUAGUAUUCAGAAUUCAUCAAAUUAUCUGUGGUAAAAAACUAGUUAUAAAAAUUAUGUAAUUCAAGGAUAACAUUGUUAUCUUAAGCCUUAUAUAAUACUGUAACUUGCUUAUAUCCAUACCAGGAUUGGGGUUGAAAUACUUAAUGGUCUUUCCACUGGAAAUAACUAGGAGUGAAGAAGCUUUCUUGGUUGUACAGUAUCAAAUGAAGAACGUUAUUAUCUUAAUUUUGCAAUAUACUGCAUUUGCUGGUGCUAUUUUUAUACAGUGAGCAACAGCCUUGCAGCAAAACAAUAAAAUAUUCACCUUCUUUAUUAA